CAAACUUGUAAAUUCUCAACCAACUCAAACUUCUCUAAACUUAAAGAAAAUGACAUCCAAAGUCAUGAAUAUUAUAUCCCUAAUCAUAGUUGUGUUUGCCCUGUUUUGGAAUAAGGGUGAAGCUCAAUCAAGUUGUAUGACUACAUUAGUUGGAUUGGCACCAUGUAUGAAUUAUGUUACUGGAAAUUCAUCUACUCCAUCUUCAACUUGCUGUACAGCCUUGUCUAGUGUUGUCCAAUCCAAUCCUCAAUGUCUUUGCUCUUUGGUUAAUGGUGGUGGUUCUGGUCUUGGAAUUACAAUAAAUCAAACUCUUGCUCUAGCCUUACCUGCUGCUUGUAAUGUACAAACUCCUCCACUUAGCCAGUGCAAUGCAGCAAAUGGACCAAGUGCUUCAGUUCCAGCAAGUUCACCAUCAGGUUCCCCUGCCCCAACUGGUUCAUCUGAUGAAAUACCAGAAAUCCCAGCAACUCCAUCAGGAUCAGGUUCAACCGGGUCCAAGACUGAUACUUCAAGAAAUGGAUCAUCAAAUGCAGGAAGCAGCAACAUCAAAAUUUCUUUCAGUUUAAUGGGAUUCAUACUCUUCAUUGUAUCAAGUGUUUUGGCUUAGAUUGCUUUAGAGUUUUAUGUCUCUUUCUAGUUCAAGGAGACUCAUUUUUUUUGCUAUUGAAACAUUGUUAUUGUGAAUUAAUUUAUGCCACCCCUUUUGGGGUCGAGUGUGAUUGGUUGUAAUUUGUUUUUAAAUAGUAAUCAUCUCUUUGAUCAAUC